UUGUAUGUGUAGAGUGUGAGCUGCCGAGGACGAGCUUAAAAAUAUAAUCGAGCGGCGGGAAUGUCUGGCAGGUCAGUGCGCGCGGAGACCCGGAGCAGAGCCAAAGAUGACAUCAAACGCGUUAUGGCCGCUGUCGAGAAAGUACGAAAAUGGGAGAAAAAAUGGGUAACGGUUGGAGACACUUCACUGCGAAUCUUCAAAUGGGUUCCAGUGACUGAACCAAAGUCAGAUGAUAAGAAUAAAAUAAAGAAGGGCAGAGAGGAGAAAUAUGGAUCUGAGGCAACGACUCCAGAGAACAGCUCCUCUCCUGGAAUGAUGGACAUGCACGAUGAGAACAGCAAUCAGAGCUCCAUAGCCGACUCCUCUCCGGUGAAGAUGGAGACCAGCUGUAGCACGAGCCCGACACCAGAUGGCACUGCUGCUUCUAACACUGAUGGAAACGAGUGCAAGACGGAACAGACGCCAUCCACUGAUAAAGGGAAUUGUAACUCUACCCCUUCAGAGACCUCAACAAGCAAAAAAAAGGAAUCUCCAUCAGACACCUCCAAAAACACUCAGGAAAGUGAAGAUGGUUCCCCACCCACAAAGAAAAGCAAAGUGAAAUCACCUUCUCAGGACUAACUAAAUGCGAUGACUAGUUUGAUCCCACACAUUUUAAACACGUCACUGUCACAAACCAAUGAGGAAAAGCAUCAUUACUCACCAAACCAUUCUUGAUCUUCACUGUUCACACACGGUUCGCCAAGUAGAACUUCACUCCUUCAUCCUGUUCUCCAUCUUCUGCAGAUGUCACUUUCAGCAAACACUGACCUGAUCAAGAGAGACGUGCAGCUUUCCUCUGUCAAAUUCCUGUACACUAUACACUGUUAGUUGGUGAAUGCACUGUAAGAGAUGGAUUUGCUGCUGUAGAAGUCCUUAUUUAGUUUACUUAACGGCUCGACUACUUUUUAGAAAUGGCAGAGGUUGAUGUACUAUCAUAGUGAGGGUUUGGUUUGCUACAUAGAUUAUCUACUGGGCUGUGUGCCUUCCGGCUCCAUGAUGUCUUUUGUAAUUCUUUUUGUUUGAUUUUGUUCAAGAAAUGGUUACCAUGAAACUGGAACAAAGUUUUUACUGAAAAUGAGCUCGAAAUAUACCUCAUUUCCAGACCAGCUGAGCUGGAAUUCAAUUCUUGAAUGAUAAAAGAUAAAUCAAAUUCACUGAAUACAAUCCAGCAGGGUUUAUGAUGUCAUUUUCAACAACAAAUCCAUUCUGGGUUCUGACUGAUGUAGCAGUGUCAAAUGAACUUAUUAUGGGAUGGGGGGAAAUGCACUGGGACCAUGUUUUCUUGAUUUUAUCUUGUACAGUUGAUCUUGUCAUUUGGUUUUAUUUAUUCCAUCAUUAGUGCUUGUUUUAGCAUAUUC